AUGCUGUUCGGAGCUCGUGGGGUUUGGCUGUCCACAGCGCUCUCCUGUGUCUUGGCAACUCUGGAGAUCUCCCAUCCGGACAGAGCGAUAUCGGAAAAUCGAGCGUCUGGAGUUGCUGGUCUACAAGGCAAUAACAAUGGAAGACAUCCAACGAUAGUCGCGCCUCUUGGACGACGUAUCGAUGUUGGCGGUUUCCAACUUGCACAAUCCAGCCUGACGAGGACACACUCUUCCUCCCAAACAUAUCAGACAAGUACGAGAAUACGGCAGCCCAAUGCGUAUGGCUACCAGACUCAUCAUGGCAUCAACAAUGACUACGUUCCCGCUGGACAACGUCUAAUCGAUGCCCAUGCCGUCCAAGCACAAAAGAUGGGCAGCCAGUAUCUCAUGAUGGCAGCCCCAGCAGAUGGUCCCGUGCACAAGCGACAGGCAAACGCAGCAUAUGUCGAUGGGAACGGAAAGAUCAGCAAUGAUUGUCGAAACGUACCAAUCUACGAAAUCGAUAACGGCACUCUCUCCAUCUUCGUCAGCAACACACAGUACUACUAUACCACCAAUAGUGGCGUAGAUAUCCAACCAUUCGUCCCAUCAUUGACCCGAGGAUCAAUCACGAAGUCGUUCCGUUUGGCUGGAGAUGGCGAAGUGUUAUGGGAAAACGCUGCGUUUGACGGCGGACAAGCUCAAUUUUGCUUAACCAAAGACGGUACACUCUACUCGGUUUUCCGACAAACUGCAAGACCGCAAGACUGCUUGAUCAUUCGACUCUUGCUCUUCGUAGUGUCUUCAUGCGCCCGGAUGCCGGAAUAUGUAUCGACCUUUGUCCAAACGCAGACGACGGAGAGAGUUACUGUGUCUAAUCAAGUCUCGACCUACCUCCAGACUGUGACCAGCACCUACCAAACCGUCCUCGCAGCUUCCACAGUCACAGCCACAGCGACCUACCAGACCACUAUUCCGGCUUCGACUGCUACAGUGACCACUGUUGGCAUCGUUACAACCACACGGGCAUCAACGAGUAUCGUACCUGCAUCUACAAUUACCACAACAGCUGUUUCAACUCAGGCUGCCAGCACUAUCACGACUACUUACCAGACGACAAUCCCGGCUUCGACAAUCGUGACCACUUACCAGACCACAUAUCCCGCAACCACAGUUGUACAGACCGUAGUCUCCACUGCCCCGACUGCAACCACAACGAUUCAACGAACGACGACAGGCCCUCCAGCCACGAGGACGACCUUCCUACCAGGCACAACGGUGACUGCCACGACAGUAAGACUCUCCUACUACUCACCACCACCUCUAUGCGACAAUCAAGGAGUAGAGUACGGAGUCUUCCACAAUGUUCCGAUCUACAACCAGUCCACCUACGAUCCAAUCAUGAUGAAAGGUCGUGCUGCUGGCGGUACACAUGAUUACGUCUACACCACAGGGAAUAUCAGCCAUCCUUCCGGCUAUUCAAACUUGUGCCCUAGCUCGGCCACUGCGAGGAUCUACAAUAAUCCGACUGGCUUUCAGUGUGUGGAACUCACCACAAACCAUCGCUGGUACAUGUACCCACCCAUGGAUGGAGAUUGGCUAUUCGAAUUCGUCAACUGGGACGAUCAAAUGUAUUUCUGGGCUGGACCCCUCGCACGAAGAGGCUGGGCACGUAACAAUACCAAUUUUCUGGGCGGCAAUGUCAACAUUCCCGGUAGCCCUUCACGCAACUAUACCAUAAAUCUAAGGGGUGGCGAGUACGUUCCCAUGCGUCUCGCCAACCCGAACGGCGGAGGUGCGGUGUACAUGUGGAUGAGAAUUUGGGAUCCUAAUGGAAAUCUCUUCGUAGAUCGUGAUAUUGUUUCGCCGCACAUUGUGCGAUGGUCGUGUGAUGGAGUCGCGGCGCCGAGGUGGGAGCGGUUCGGGUUUGAAGAAGGAGCAGCAGCGUAG